UACCCUCGCCCCCCUCACCCCCCCGCCCCGGCUCCCGAGCGACCGGGUUCGGCCAUUUCCGGCGGGGCGCACUUCGGCAGGUUCCGCCGGCGCUGGUCGGAAAUGGCUGCCCGCCAGCAGGGGGAGCGGAGGAUCCGGCGCGGCCUGGAAGGCGGGCUGCAGGCGGCGAGAGCGGCUUUUGGGAACCCGAGUCUCGCGCAGGCGGCGGCGCCUCGUCCCUGAACUGAAAGCCGGAGAACAAGCCCCAGAGUUGACUAUUUCAAGAAAUUAUGUACUGAAGUGUAAUGCUACAUGAGUCAGAGAAAGGAAGGAUCCUGAGCCAUAUGGCCUGAUUGUUGGCAAUGACACCAUUAAGAGGCUGGCAUUUAUUUCUGUUGUAACCAGCUGCUUUAUAACUGUGAAUAGUAACUAUGCAUAUGUGUUGGUCAGCAAAACCAAGGAACACGAGCCAUGGCAGUUGACAAAGCCUAUCUGAUUCCAGGGGUUUCUUCCUGGGUUCCACCGUCAGGGACCUCCUCCCUUCCAUCUCAUCAACAAUGUGGUACCUUUUACCGUUUGAUAAAGAUUAAGGACAUGUUCUUUGGUCAACAGCCAGAACUUAAAAUCUGCUGGAGUAGGGUCAGAGACCAUUUCAGUCACAGCUGAGGAAGAUGAAAUUUCCGUUUUAUUUGGUGCCUUGUCCAGGGAGCACACUAACUCUUUGGGAAACGUGUGAGUGAGAAGAGAUUGAGUCUUGUCUGAUAGCCACUCGUGGUUAUGGCGAGUGACCCAACGUGAUCAGCGUGGGCAGGAGCCACAGAGGGACUCAUGACGGGCUAUACCAUGUUGCGGAAUGGGGGCGUGGGAAAUGGAGGUCAGACCUGCAUGCUGAGGUGGUCCAACCGCAUCCGGCUCACGUGGCUCAGCUUCACGCUCUUCAUCAUUCUGGUCUUCUUCCCCCUCAUCGCUCACUAUUAUCUCACCACCCUGGACGAGGCAGAUGAAGCAGGCAAGCGGAUCUUUGGUCCACGGGCUGGUAACGAGCUCUGCGAGGUGAAGCACGUGCUAGAUCUCUGCCGCAUCCGUGAGUCUGUGAGUGAGGAGCUCUUGCAGCUGGAAGCCAAGCGGCAGGAGCUGAACAGUGAAAUCGCUAAGCUGAAUCUGAAAAUCGAGGCCUGUAAGAAGAGCAUUGAGAAUGCCAAGCAGGACCUGCUUCAGCUCAAGAACGUCAUCAGCCAGACCGAGCACUCUUAUAAAGAGCUGAUGGCCCAAAAUCAGCCCAAACUCUCUCUGCCUAUCCGACUGCUCCCAGAGAAGGAUGAUGCUGGCCUCCCUCCCCCAAAGGUCCUGCGGGGCUGCCGGCUGCACAACUGCUUUGAUUAUUCUCGUUGCCCUCUCACCUCUGGCUUCCCCGUCUAUGUUUAUGACAGCGACCAGUUUGCCUUUGGCAGCCACCUGGAUCCCUUGGUCAAGCAGGCUUUUCAGGCCACAACACGAGCCAACGUUUAUGUUACAGAAAAUGCAGACAUUGCCUGCCUUUAUGUGAUCUUAGUGGGGGAAAUGCAGGAGCCGGGAGUGCUGCGGCCUGCUGACCUGGAGAAACAGCUGUACUCUCUGCCGCACUGGCGGACAGAUGGACACAACCACGUCAUCAUCAAUCUGUCCCGGAAGUCAGAUACCCAGAAUUUACUGUACAAUGUCAGUACAGGCCGGGCCAUGGUGGCCCAGUCCACUUUCUAUGCUGCCCAGUAUCGGCCUGGCUUUGACUUGGUGGUGUCGCCACUAGUCCAUGCCAUGUCAGAGCCCAACUUCAUGGAAAUCCCACCACAGGUGCCAGUGAAGCGGAAAUAUCUCUUCACCUUCCAGGGCGAGAAGAUCGAGUCGCUGAGAUCCAGCCUUCAGGAGGCCCGCUCCUUUGAGGAGGAGAUGGAGGGUGACCCUCCAGCCGAUUACGACGACCGUAUCAUUGCCACCCUCAAGGCAGUACAGGACAGCAAACUAGAUCAGGUCCUGGUAGAAUUUACCUGCAAAAACCAGCCUAAACCCAGUCUGCCUACUGAGUGGGCACUGUGUGGGGAGCGGGAAGACCGCUUAGAGUUACUGAAGCUCUCCACCUUCGCCCUCAUUAUCACUCCUGGGGACCCUCGAUUGGUUAUUUCCUCUGGGUGUGCCACACGGCUCUUCGAAGCCCUGGAGGUCGGGGCUGUCCCGGUGGUGCUGGGGGAGCACGUGCAGCUUCCUUACCAGGACGUGCUGCAGUGGAGCGAGGCGGCCCUGGUGGUGCCCAAGCCGCGGGUGACUGAGGUCCACUUCCUGCUACGGAGUCUCUCCGACAGCGACCUCCUGGCCAUGAGGCGGCAAGGCCGCUUCCUCUGGGAGACCUACUUCUCCACUGCUGACAGUAUUUUCAAUACCGUGCUGGCUGUGAUUAGGACUCGCAUCCAGAUCCCAGCCGCUCCCAUCCCGGAAGAGGCGGCAGCCGAGAUCCCCCAUCGCUCAGGCAAGGCGGCCGGCACCGACCCCAACAUGGCCGACAACGGGGACCUGGACCUGGGGCCGGUGGAGACGGAGCCGCCCUAUGCCUCCCCCAAAUACCUCCGCAACUUCACCUUGACCGUCACGGACUUCUACCGCAGCUGGAACUCUGCGCCAGGGCCUUUCCAUCUUUUUCCCCACACACCAUUUGACCCUGUAUUGCCCUCAGAGGCCAAAUUCUUGGGUUCAGGGACUGGAUUUCGGCCUAUCGGUGGUGGGGCCGGGGGUUCUGGCAAGGAGUUUCAGGCCGCCCUGGGAGGCAAUGUUCCCCGGGAGCAGUUCACAGUGGUGAUGCUGACUUAUGAGCGGGAGGAGGUGCUCAUGAACUCUUUAGAGAGGUUGAAUGGUCUCCCUUACCUGAACAAGGUCGUGGUGGUGUGGAAUUCUCCCAAGCUGCCGUCAGAGGACCUUCUGUGGCCUGACAUUGGUGUCCCCAUCAUGGUGGUCCGUACUGAGAAGAACAGUUUGAACAAUCGAUUCCUGCCCUGGAAUGAAAUCGAGACAGAGGCCAUCCUGUCUAUUGAUGAUGACGCUCACCUCCGCCACGAUGAAAUCAUGUUUGGGUUUCGGGUGUGGAGAGAAGCACGGGACCGCAUUGUGGGUUUCCCUGGCCGUUACCAUGCUUGGGACAUCCCUCAUCAGUCCUGGCUCUACAACUCCAAUUACUCCUGUGAGCUGUCCAUGGUGCUGACAGGUGCUGCCUUCUUCCACAAGUAUUAUGCCUACCUGUAUUCUUACGUGAUGCCCCAGGCCAUCCGAGAUAUGGUGGACGAAUACAUCAACUGUGAGGACAUCGCCAUGAACUUCCUCGUCUCCCACAUCACUCGGAAACCCCCCAUCAAGGUGACCUCACGGUGGACUUUCCGAUGCCCAGGAUGCCCUCAGGCUCUGUCACAUGAUGAUUCCCACUUUCAUGAGCGGCACAAGUGUAUCAACUUCUUUGUCAAGGUGUACGGCUAUAUGCCCCUGUUGUACACGCAGUUCCGCGUGGACUCUGUGCUCUUCAAGACCCGCCUGCCCCACGACAAGACCAAGUGCUUCAAGUUCAUUUAGGGGCAUUGCGCACACGUGUGGGGAGAGGAUGAGCGGAGUGAGGGAGGCAGCUCCUGAGGUCUCUAAACAUUGGAGGACCUCAGGGACGCCCACUGGGUGGUUGGCCCAGACCCUCUGCUGGGAGAGGCGGUGGGGAGCGUGGGAGGGACAGAGCUGCCUUGCUCUUGAAGUCGGCCACACUGGGCCCGGAACCCUGGUCCCAGGCCACUGGGGUUCCCUACACAGGGCACUGAUGAUAGCUUACACUGAGGACCAUGGGGACUCCGGAGAGUCACUCACGCAGUUUAUAAGCCCAGGACAGCUGGUUUGUGGUUUUUAAAUUCACUAACAACUAUUAUUAUUAUUUAAAAA